UGCGUAGCUCAAUGAAUUGAGAUAUACAAAUGUUAACAUAUAUCGAUUGAAAAUUAUCUAUUUUUAGAGCUAAAAUAAUUUUCUCUAAAUUUCUCAGUAACGCCAAAUUACACUUUCUAUAAAAUUAUGUAUACAGCAUUUUUCCGGAAGUUUAGAUGUCACAUGACCAGUUCUAAAUUUACUUUCGCCUUUGUUUACUUUGGUUCACUUCCGCCCAAAGUGAAAAUGCCUCUGCACAAGAAAAACUUUGUUAAACUCAUUCAAUAACUUUGUUAACUUUAACGGGAUGAAGAUGUAUUAUUAUCAACACCCCAAAUUUCAACAUGACAAGUUGGUGGAUGAAUUCCCAAAGUUCCCAAUGAAGAGCAGACCAGUAAAUUAUAUGUACUACCUUCGAGACAGACAAAACAAAGACCAAACUCCUUCGGAAAACAGUGUAUCUAAUCCCGAACCACCCAGCACUGAUCAAGAAACCAAUUAUCCAAUGAGCAGCUCCGAACAACUGGAGAACCAAAGUAUAAAUACAGAAUCUAACAACACCAGCCAUACAGAAGAACUACAUAUAGAAACAACAGAAGAAACAACGGACAGUGCUAUUACCGAGGCCACAGAAUCCAACACUGGAAUCAGUGAAAGCUUAACUCAAAACACUAGCCACGUUCACACUGAAAGUGACACUGAAAACAUCACAGACAAUACUACAAAUUUAAGUGAAAGUGUGAAUAAUAUCCAGAACAAAAUGGCCACAGGAAUUAAUUUAAAAAAAUUCAGUGGAAGUGAAAAUGUUCAUGUGUGGCUGUCAAAUUUAGACAGCUGGCAAAAAUUUCACAAGGUGACAGACAAUGAAGCACUAUUAGCCAUUGGGUGCAGCCUUGAAGGACAAGCCGAAACAUGGCUACAAACACUGACGACCCAACAACGAACCAACCUUAAAGACUUUAAGGACUGCCUGAAAAGCAGAUUUGCACCUCAGGAAACAAAUUUUUCCUUACUCUCCAUUAAACAACAACAUGGAGAAUCUACAGACACCUAUCUCUCAAGAGCAGAGAAAACGGCCUUGGGACACGAACUACCUGAGAUAUAUAAAGUUCAAUUUGUUAUUCAGGGACUCGAGAAACAAAUUAAAGAAAAGGUUCUUUCAAAGGAACCAAAGACUUUCCAACAAUUACGCCAUGCAGUUUCCCUGGCAAAUGCACAGAUUGAGUGCAGGACAGAAGAUGACAACAGUCUGAAUUUAAUCGCCCUUGCCGCUCAGUUGAAAGAGUCACUCAAGGAAGAAAUCAAUGCCUUGGUACCCAACAUCCCACAGACACAAAAGAAAAAUGGAUGGAAAAACAAAAAACAAACAUUUGGACAAUACCAACAAGUUCAAGCCAAUCCGCAAUUUCAGCCCUCUGUGAACUUUGUGCCCUCUGUGCCUAACAAUGCGUGGACAAAUCCAACUUAUGCUGUGCCGCCACAAAACUUCCAACAGCAACCGCCAAUGCAGCAGAUGCAGACAGCGCCAAUGAGACAGAAUGGUCAGGGAAUGGGUAGAGGAUGCAAGGGAUGCGGUACCCCAGGACUUCCGACCACUUUCCUCAUCAUAUGUCUUGUUUCCCUUCUUGGCCUUGUGUCUACCAGUAAUGCAACCACUAUUCAGCGGUUAAAUUAUGGUGUUCUGUUUGAACAACAUCAGCAGCUCUAUCUAGGACAGGAGUAUUGGUCACAUACCUUCGAAAUACCUCUUCCCAAGAAAGUGUACUUACACCGAGAGCUCUACUGUAACAACAUUGUCAUUCACAGAACAUACCUAUUAUGGGCAAACCUUUCUAUUGAAACACCAGAUUUCAUUAUUGAAAACAUACAUACAAAGAAACGACUCAAUAUACCAACAAGUAUUUGCAUCACACCACUCAAGGCUUACAGACUUCGCAAUUUGUUAAAACAGCCUUAUACAGCUUAUUUCUUGUUGUCCCAUCAUCAGUAUUUUAGGCUUCUCCAGUAAAAUCUACCUCUAUUACCUGGGAUAGCAAGCUUGCCUUGUAUGAAAAGUGUGUGAAAGCAUUAUUGAUAUUGUUUAAACUUAUGUACUUUUACAUGAUUUUUAUUGUCACCUUCAAACAAUUUACAAUUAUUGUGUGACAAUUUUGAGCUUUAUACCAUACAUUUUUCUGAUAUAUAUACUGUGUACAUAAUUUUUUUUGCCUUUGUACAAUGAAAUGCAUUGAAGUUUGUUCUGAUAUUUUUGUGAUUUUUCAUGCAUAAUGUUUUUCUUAUGCAAUACUCAGUAGAUUUUUUUUUAGUCGCAAAGCUUCAGUAGUUAUAUUCCUUAGAUUUUUUUUUUCUUUUUGAAGUUUUUCACCAAUUUUUAACAUUUUUUGUAUCUUUGGGGACAAAGAUUUUUGAACCAGGAGGGAUUUAUCAUCAGGUCAAAUUGACCCUCUGAUAUAUUUUAUAAUAAAAUGAGUUUUGACUUUUAAAAAUUAAUUCAUACAUUUUAUUUCAUAAAAUAAUUAAUUUCAUUCAAGAUUUUUAAGAACAUGUGUCAUUUUCAGCAUUCUUUUAUCUUCGAAAAACAAGUAUCACUUUGACUAGCUUAAAGCCAUAAGUUAAGAAGUUUUGUACAUAUUCACACAUUUUCUGGCGAUGUGAAAUUCUGAUUUAUUUACUGACAAAUAACAUUUACGCAAAGCCACGCAAUUUGAUUAAGAAUAUCUUUUGAAGUCUACUUCACUCAAUUAGUGUCAGUCCAUCGGAUUAAGGUCCUUUGUUAAGAUUGGUAUUUUUCUAUAUUUCGGGUGUGAGGCCCCCGACAGGUAAAUAAUUGUGUUCACCUUUGAUAUGUUUACAUUUUACCCUGUAUGUGCCUUACCUUGACCAAGUGAUUUUUUGAGUCGAAGCCCAGCGCGUCACUUUUGCUGGACACUUCGAAAAUAAAAGACGUAUAUUUUAUUUCAACGACUUGGUCAUAUUUUACAGGUAGGCAAUAUUUUAUAUUACUUUUAUUAUUAUGCUUUGAUUGUACAUAUGCUUUAUAUUUCAUGAUCUCAGGGUAAAUGUGUUCAAAUUAAAUAUGUUUUUGUAGCAAAUUGAUGUAGACCAGUACUUUAUCUUAUUUGAUUUUCUUUGUUCUUGUUAGAUUUAGUCAUUUACUUAAUUUCGAAUGUAUGUCAUAGAUAUGCGUAGCUCAAUGAAUUGAGAUAUACAAAUGUUAACAUAUAUCGAUUGAAAAUUAUCUAUUUUUAGAGCUAAAAUAAUUUUCUCUAAAUUUCUCAGUAACGCCAAAUUACACUUUCUAUAAAAUUAUGUAUACAGCAUUUUUCCGGAAGUUUAGAUGUCACAUGACCAGUUCUAAAUUUACUUUCGCCUUUGUUUACUUUGGUUCACUUCCGCCCAAAGUGAAAAUGCCUCUGCACAAGAAAAACUUUGUUAAACUCAUUCAAUAACUUUGUUAACUUUAACGGGAUGAAGAUGUAAGUUUAUAACAUUGCAUAUUUUGAUUACAACUCAUACAUAUUUUUAUUAUUAUUGCACACUUCCAUAUUUUUACACCUUUUUAUGUCAGUGCAUAUGCAUUGAUGUUGUGUAUGUUUUUAUUAGGCAUUUGUAUACCCUUUUUGUUUGUUUUGAUUUCAUAAGUAAAAGUCCAGAUUAAUUUCCAAUUGUAUCUAAAUGAAAGUUAGUAACUGUUAAAUGAAAUUAUGAAUAUAAGUGAAUAAAUAUGUAAAUUGAGAUUAUGCAAUAUGACCCUAUGUUUAUGUCUGCUCCUUCAUAACUUGUGUACCUCAUCAUGGCUAAGUAAAGUUCUCUACCAUUCAAGUUAAUUUUCCCCAUCUUAAUUGUUAUUAUUCAAACUAAUUCCCCUUGUAUUUGUUUAUUAAUUGUGUAAUAUCUGUGCACGUGUAAACCAUAAGGUUGUUUAUAUAAUGUGGUCAUUGAAUAAUUUUCAUUAUCUGUUGCAUUAUUUUUAAUUGUGCAAAGAACUCAUUGUUUAUAAUCUUGUGUUUUAUUAUGUCAUGUUAUAUUAUGCAAUACUUUUGCUGGACACUUCGAAAAUAAAAGACGUAUAUUUUAUUUCAACGACUUGGUCAUAUUUUACAGGUAUUAUUAUCAACACCCCA